UGUUGGUUUCGUCGCUGCGGUUUUCCCUCCUCGUUGUCAGAGCUAGCUGGCUAUGCUGGUGUUGAGCUGAGGAAACUUUAAUCGCGGAACAGUUUCAACUUCAUUCUGUCACUUUUAGCGGCGACGCUGAUCCAGGGACUGCAUCGCCAAACCAAACGCAGGUGAAGCAGACUUAUGCGGACCUGCUAGCGGGGCAAGAUGUUCAACAAGUCGUUUGGAACUCCCUUCGGGGGAGGGACCGGGGGCUUUGGGACUUCAUCGACCUUCGGACAGCAAAACACUGGCUUUGGAACGACGGGUGGCUUCGGCACGUCGGCGUUUGGGGCGACCAGCAACACUGGAGGACUGUUUGGUGCCACACAGAAUAAACCUGGCGGCCUGUUUGGGUCCAGCACCUUCACCCAGCCCGUGACAUCCUCCACCAGUACGGGCUUCGGCUUCGGAGCGGCCAGCGGGACGUCCACCAGCCUGUUCGGCAGCACCAACACAGGCACCGGCGGAGGGCUCUUCUCCCAGCAGAACAGCGCCUUUGGAGCAAACAAACCCGCCUCUUUUGGCAGCUUUGGGACGAGCACCAGCAGUGGCGGGCUGUUUGGAUCCACCAACACCACCUCCAACCCUUUCGGCGGCACCUCAGGCUCGCUGUUCGGAGGCUCCGGCUUCUCGGCCACCCAGCAGCCAGGAACCACCCUCAAAUUCAACCCUCCGACAGGAAGUGACACAAUGGUGAAGGGGGGUGUGACCACGAGCAUCAACACCAAGCACCAGUGCAUCACAGCCAUGAAGGAAUACGAGAACAAGUCGCUGGAGGAGCUCAGGCUGGAGGACUACCAGGCCGGCAGGAAGGGCCCGUCCAACCCCAUGGCUGCGGGAACAGGCGGCCUGUUCGGGGCGGCCGCGGCCACGCCCAGCACCGCCACCGGCCUGUUCGGAGCCUCGGCCACCAACACCAACUUCUCCUUUGGACAGACCAAGACCAACUUCGGCACGAGCACGGGCGGGUUCGGGGCGGCCACAGGAAGUCUGUUCGGGACGCAGCCGCAGCAGCAGGGCAGCAGCCUGUUCAAGCCAUUCGGCCAGACGACCACCACGCAGAGCACCGGCUUCUCCUUCGGCAACACCAACACCAUGGGCCAGCCCAACACCAGCAGCAUGGGUUUGUUUGGGAACACGGCGGCGUCUCAGGCGGGCGGGUUGUUCGGCGCCACGGCUCAGACUAGCACAGCCACGGGCUUCGGGACAGGAAGUGGGCUGUUUGGUCAGACCAACACCGGGUUCGGCAACGUUGGCACACAGCAGAGCUUGUUCGGCAACAAGACGGCAGGUUUCGGCACCACCACCACCAGCGCCCCGUCGUUCGGCACCGGCACCGGGCUGUUUGGGAACAAGCCGGCGCUCACUCUGGGAACCGGAACCAACACGUCCACUUUUGGAUUUGGUGCGAACCCGGCCACUGGGAGCCUGUUUGGGAACAAGCCGGCCGGGGGAGGCCUGGGCACCGGGCUGGGCACGGGCUUCGGAGCAGCAGUGGGCACGGGUCAGACCACACUGUUUGGGAACACGCAGAACAAACUGGGCACCACACUGGGAACCAUCGGAACGUUUGGAGCCACUGGAUUCAACAGCGGAACCAACACACUGGGCUUUGGAGCUCCGCAGCAGCCCGUCGCGCUGACGGACCCGAACGCGGCGGCGGCCCAGCAGGCCAUGCUGCAGCAGCAGCUCAACGCGCUCGCCUACUCGCCGUUCGGAGACUCGCCUCUCUUCAGGAACCCGCUGUCCGACCCCAAGAAGAAGGAGGAGCGUUUGAAACCGACCAAUCCGGCAGCCCAGAAGGCUCUGACCACACCCACUCACUACAAGCUGACGCCGCGGCCGGCGACCCGCGUGCGGCCCAAAGCGCUGACGUCGUCCAGCUCGUCCAAGUCGCAGCUGUUCGACGGCCUGGACGACGACGAGCCCUCGCUCACCAACGGAGCCUUCGUCCCCAGGAAGAGCAUCAAGAAGCUGGUGCUGAAGAACCUGAACAGCAGUCAGUACAGCAGUCCAAUCAGCAAAGAGACCGACGACCUGGCAUCCCCGUCAGAGUACCCACACAACGGGCACAGCCACGUGGAGGAGGAGGAGGAGGUGCAGGAGACCCCGGGGCCCGGGGGGCGGCCGGACGACGACCUGGAAGUCACCCAGUUCUACGUCAACCCCAUCGCCAAGCCCAUCCCGCAGAGUCGCGGGCCCGCCGGCCUGCAGGACACCCUCAUCGACUUCAACAUACACAAACCGGCCCGGAACGGCCUGGAGAUGAGCAGUGAGGAGGUGUCAGCGUCUCUGGGCGAGGAGUCUCUGCAGGAGGACAGAGAGGAGGAGCAGCAGGAGGUGCAGCAGUCUCCUCACCCUGCAGGCAUCGUCCUGAGCCGGGUGGGGUACUACACCAUCCCCUCCAUGGAGGAGCUGGCAGAGAUGGUGGACGAGAGCGGAGAGUGUGUGGUGGAAAACUUCACCGUGGGCAGGAAAGGCUACGGCUCCGUGUUCUUCCCUGGUGAGGUGAAGGUGACGGGACUGAACCUCGACGAGAUCGUCCACUUCAGACGCAAGGAGGUCAUCAUCUACCCCGACGACAAGAACAAGCCCGCCGAGGGGGAGGGGCUUAACAGGCGGGCGGAGGUGACUCUGGACGGCGUUUGGCCCAACGACAAGACGACCUGCACGCAGAUCAAGAGCCCCGAGCGUCUGACCGAGAUGAACUACGAGGGCCGGCUGGAGAGCGCCUCGCGGAGACAGGGCGCUCGCUUCCUGGAGUACCGGCCCGAGACCGGGUCCUGGGUGUUCGAGGUUGCCCAUUUCUCCAAGUACGGCCUGCAGGACUCGGACGAGGACGAGGAGGUCCCGCCCAAAGCCGACCCCAAGAAGCUGAAGAUGAUGACAUCACUUCCUGCCUCCAGACUGCAGCAGCAGCAGCAGCUCUCCCCCUCCCAGCAGCAGGUGGCGCCACAGGCUCAGUCCGCUGCGGAGGCAGAGUUGCCGGGCAGCGUGGCGGAGCUGGACAGCGACAUGGCAGACAUCACUCAGAGCUUCCCGGCAGAGAGCAUGCUGGGAGCAGAAGAGGAUGGUGAGCUUGGCGGCGAGUUUGACUCGGCGGCGGCGGCGCUGGCGGCGGCGGCUCAGCUCUCAGGUUUGAUCCCCGCCGAGCAGGAGCUGGUGUCGGCGUCCAGCCAGUUGGCCUCGUCGCUGGGGAUCAACCCGCACGCCCUGCAGAUCAUGAAGGCGUCGCUGUUCGCCGACGAUGAGGAGGACGGUGAUGCGUUCCAGGCGCCAGGGGGGAUGAAGGUUACAGACGCGUCGUCGCCUCGCAUCGUCCAGAGCCGACCGUCCAUGGGCAGUCUCCUUCAGGCUCGUUUCACCUCCAGCCUCGUCUCUCAGCUCCCCGAUGCCUCCAAACCUCUCUCGCUGUCCAGGGCGUCUCCGGCGGCGGUCGAACCCCUCCGCUCGUCCCCCUGGACCGUCCCGGGCCCCUCCCCCUUCCUCCUGACCCCCCGGGCCCCGGAGCCCACCAUCAGGACGGUGGGCGCCCGGCCCCUCGGCGGCCCCGUCCCCCUGAAGGACUCCGUCACCCUGGGGAAGGGCGGGCUGCUGAUGGACGCUGGGCUGUUUGGCGGCCAGGCGUUCCGGGUGGGCUGGGGCCCCGGCUGGACGCUCGCUCACUGCGGCCAGCGGCUCAGCGCCGCCACGCUCAAACACGGCGAGCAGGACGAGGCGGGCGCCGGGAAACACCUCGGCUUCCUGCCCCGACCAGCCAGGAGCAAACCGCUGACUGAAAGCCCCUACAAGGUGGUGCUGGAGCAGCUGGUGGGCCUGCAGCCUCCAGGGGGGAAGAGCCUCGCCGAGGAGGAAGAGGAGGAGGAGGAGGAGGAGGAGGAGCGCCAGGCGGUGCUGCGGCGCCCCCUGGAGAUCUGCCUGAAGCACAGCAGCGUGGAGGCGCCCGCCGGCUCGGCCUGCCCGCUGGUCCGCCCUCAGGCCGGCGUGGCCGCGCUGCACGAGUACGCCGAGUGGAUCACCGAGCUGAACGAGAGGAACGGGGACGCAGACGCGGUCCUGGGUCACUGGGCCGAGGUCUGGACUCUGUGUGAGGCCCUGUGGGGUCGGCUCAGCCCCUCCGACCAGGAGCCGGAGGCGGAGCCUGCCGGCGAGUACCAGCGGCAGCUGGAGAGGAGGCGGAGCUUCUCGGCCUGGCUGUCGCGUGGCGCCGCCCGCAGGGUGGAGGAGGAGGUGGCGCUGGCGGGGAAAGGCGGCCAUGUUGAAGCCAUCUUCAGCUGCCUGACAGGAAACCGCAUCAGUGAGGCGUGUCGGCUCGCCCAGAAGGAAGGAGACCACCGCCUGGCCCUGCUGCUGUCCCAGGCCGCCGGAUCCCAGUUCAGCCGCGACCUGCUGGCCCUGCAGCUCGCCGACUGGAACCGCAUGCAGACAGACAGCUACCUGUCUGAGGAGCGCCUGCGCAUCUUCACCCUGCUGGCUGGAAAACCUGUGUGGCAGUCGUCGGACUGCAUGGUGAACGUGUGCUCUCAGCUGGACUGGAAGCGCUGUGCGGCCGUCCACCUGUGGUACAUGCUGCCGCCCACCGCCUCCGUCGCCGACGCCCUCGCCAAGUACGAGGCCGCCUUCCAGGGCUCAGGUGAGGGGGGGAGGUACGCCUGCGCCCCCCUGCCUCACUACCUGGAGCAGGUGGAGCCGCUGGACGAGGAGGAGGAGCAGGAGCCCAGACGGCCGCUCUACGACAUCUGCUUCCACCUGCUCAAACUCUACAGUGACAGACACUACGGCCUGCAGCAGCUGCUGGACCCUCUGACCGUCACCUGGGAGCGCUUGGAUUACCGUCUGAGCUGGCACCUGUGGGCGGUGCUGCAGGCGCUGCACUACAGCCACCUGAGUGCGGGGGGGCAGGGCCUGCUGCACGCCAGCUACGCCGCCCAGCUGGAGAGCGCCGGCCUGUGGCACCUGGCCGUCUUCGUGCUGCUGCACAUCCCCGACCACACGCUGCGGGAGCGAGCGGUGCGGGAGCUGCUGCGGCUGCACCUCCCCCUGCAGGAGACGGAGGAGUCGGCGCGGAGGGAGCGCUUCCUCACCGGCCGCCUGCUGAUCCCGGAGCAGUGGAUCCACGAGGCCAAGGCCAUCCGAGCCCGCCGCGACACAGACAAACACCAGGAGGCGCUGCACCUGUACCGGGCCGGCUUCUGGAACCAGUGCCACCGGCUGCUGAUCCGGCACCUGGCCUCAGAUUGCAUCAUCAACGACAACCACGACUACCUGCUGGAGUUCCUGGAGGGGCUGGCGGUCCCUGAACGCAGCACCACCAUCCAGGACUGGGACACGGCCGGCCGAGUCUACCUGGACUACAUCCGAGUCAUCCAGAGCCUGCAGGACAUCCAGCAGAUGGAGAACUCGGGUUACGAGCUGGAGCGCCUCCACGCCAGCGUCACGUCGCUCUGCGGCCGCAUCGAGCUGCUGCCCUGCGCCGCCGCCAAGGACCGGCUCGCCCAAUCAGAGAUGGCGAAGCGCGUGGCGAACAUCCUGCGCGCCGUGCUGAGCCUCCAGCAGGGGGCGGACGGCGGCUCGGACGCCCUCCACAUCCCACUGGCCCAGCUGGCCCUGCACAUCACCCGCCUGCCCAUGCCCGAGGACUACACCCUGGAGGAGCUGCGCGGCCUCACCCAGUCCUACCUCCAGCAGCUCAUCGUCAGCCAAUGAGAGGGCAGGAAGGGAGGGGGAGGGGGCGGGGGGGGGGGGGCGUCGCUCGAGGCGCCGCUGUGCUUGUGGGCGGAGCUGACUGACAGUAAGCGCUGCCGUGGUUUAAUAUGGAGAAUCCAAAAGCUGACAAGAACAUUUAAAACAUGAGUAUGUUUCCUCCAAAACAGCCUGAGGGCCACGCCCUGCCCCGCCCACACAGCCGCUCUGAGGGCCACGCCCCGCCCACACAGCCGCUCUGAGGGCCACGCCCCGCCCACACAGCCGCUCUGAGGGCCACGCCCUGCCCCGCCCACACAGCUGCUCUGAGGGCCACGCCCCGCCCACACAGCCGCUCUGAGGGCCACGCCCCGCCCACACAGCCGCUCUGAGGGCCACGCCCUGCCCCGCCCACACAGCCGCUCUGAGGGCGGGGCAGCCUCCACUCUCCUGCCUCUCUGCUCUUCAGAUUGUCAACUUCUCCAGAGAUAAAAUAGCACAAGGCUUUGGAUUUACCAUUCCUGUGUGUGUGUGUGUGUGUGUAUGUGUGUGUAUGUGUGUGUGUGUGUGUGUGUGUGUGUGUGUGUUCUGAGGAGCGUUUCAAGAGGCUGCGCUUGCUAAAUAUGAGAAAUGUCGUGGUGUGACGUCAGAGGAUCAGCCUGCUGGUUUGAAUCUGUCACCAAAUGAUUUCACUCAGAAGACGCUUUCAGUUUUGUGGCUGUUUGAGGGUUUUUAUGUGAAACUGUUUUUUUGCUGAUUUGGGUUUUUCUCUUUUUUUUUUUUUUUUUUGUAUAGCUGUUUUUGUAUUGAUGCCUCUGUGUAUAUGUGUGUGUGUGUGUGUGUGUGUGUGUGUGUGUGUGUGUGUGUGUGUGUGUGUGUGUAAAUGCAAGCCUGAGUGACUGGUUUGACCUUUGACCCUGACGACGGGGCCGUGCUCAUUCAGUUUGGAGUGUUUUGAAGUUGUAAUCACAAAGAGAAAAAAAAUAAAGUCCAGCAGCUUUUUUUUCCCGCUCCGGGCUGCAGAAACUCCAAAAUAUCAGUUGUUUUUUUUUUGUGUCAAUAUGUGAAUAAAGAUAAUCUAACUUGAUUUUAAGAAAGAGAGUCCUGUUCAAACAGGCUCGACGUGUACAACUUGAUUUUUUUUUUUUUUUUUCUUCUUGGAAGGGCGAGGGGUUCGGAUCCACGAGACGACUCCGAGGAAAACAACAUGCAAAGUGUAAAAUGCAGAAAGGUCUAUUUUUGUAGGGUUUUCCUGUUGGGUUUGAAUGUGAAGCCGGUGUGCGAGGCCCAAACGUCAGAAACACAGCAGACAGUUUUUUGUUAACAAUUAAAAAUAUUUGGACUUUCUUGAGCAUAAAAACAGUUUGCCUGCAUCGCCUGUCCUGAUUUAACAAAAAAAAAAAAAAAAAACAUUGAAAUAUUAUCUUAUAAAUCUGUUGUU